AUGUCAUCGGCAGAAGCUAUCGGCCAGGCCAGUGAGGACUUGCACAGCCGGAAUGAUCCAGGUUCGAAGCGCAGUUUACCUCGUUCUGUAGCACAGGACACAGCGCAGCCGGCGUCCUCGUCGGCAUGGUUCCCUCUAGGCAUGAAGGAAGGAUUCAGUCAAUGGUGGUGCAAGGUGCCUGCUGCAACGGCUGAGCACAAGGUCCUUUCCUUUAUCCCGCAUCUCCAGCAAGCUCCGACUCAGCGACAAACGGGCAACACUGCAGGCCUGCCUGACGCCCCCACAGACGCAGCCGAUAGCUUACAAGCGCCCGAUCUUAGUCAACGAGGCGAUGAUGCUAUUAAUUCCGAGAAUGAUCCCUACGGACCGCGUCGCUGGCGUUCACGCAUGGUUGAGCUGAGUGGCAAAGGCCGUGCUUUGAAUGAAUUCUCCGUAGAACGUGUUGGCGAAAAGGAGAACCAAAAUCUUGUCAUUCUGCAUGGCUAUGGAGCUGGUUUGGGCUUCUUCUACAAAAAUUUCGAGCCGUUGAGUCGUGCCAAGGGCUGGCACCUCUACGCAUUAGACCUGCUAGGAAUGGGACGCAGCACUCGGCCGCCGUUCAAGAUCAAAGCAAAGAAUCGUCAAGAAGCAAUUUCAGAAGCAGAAGACUGGUUUAUUGAUGCUCUCGAAGAAUGGCGAGUGAAACAGAAAAUCGACCGGUUUACAUUGAUGGGCCAUAGCAUGGGGGGCUAUAUGGCUGUCGCCUACGCAUUGAAAUACCCAGGCCGUCUCAAUAAACUCAUCCUGGCCUCGCCAGUCGGUAUUCCGGAAGAUCCAUACGCAGUCGACGAGGAUCUGCCAGAACCUUCCGAGUCAACACUAGCCAGCGAGUUUACGCAGGACCAAGAAGAGAUCACGAGCAGUUCGAAUAAUAACAAUAAGCCUUCCAAUUCUAACACAGGCGUGUCCAAACAAACUUCGGAGCCAGCACCACGCCGGCGCCUGCCACGAAUAAUCAGCUAUCUCUGGGACGCCAACGUCUCGCCUUUCAGUAUCAUUCGAUGGUCUGGCCCCAUGGGACCGCGCCUAGUCUCGGGCUGGACUUCUCGCCGCUUUUCGCACCUACCUGCUCCCGAAGCUGCUGCUCUGCACGACUAUUCAUACUCAAUCUUCCGACUUCGCGGAAGUGGCGAGUAUGCGCUUACAUACAUUCUCGCACCCGGCGCAUUCGCACGCAGCCCGUUGAUCCGGCGUAUCCAGGGUCUCGGCCGACAGGUCCUCCGUCCAGACUCCACCGAAGCACUACAAUCAUCUUCAAACAACUCAUCACCAACCCCAUCCGAACCCGUCACAUCUUCCUCCUCCUCCCUCCCCACCUCCCUCACCUCCCAACCGCAGCGCGAGAACGGCAUACCGGUCGUGUUGAUGUACGGCGACCACGACUGGAUGGACGUCGCAGGCGGAUUCGCAGCAAAGGAGAAGAUCGAAGAGGAGAAACGACGCGCGUUAGAAAAUGCGACUGCCGAACAACGCAAAGCUGAUAAUGGGUCUGCCAAGGUGGUUAUUAUUAAAAACGCUGGUCAUCAUUUAUACUUAGAUGGGUAUGAGGAGUUUAAUGAGGUUAUCCUUAAAGAAAUGCUGGAUGUGGAGCAGCGAGAAGCAAGACGGAAAUUAUAG